AAUCCUGGGAUUCUGCUGCAAAUUCAUAGCUGCGCAGUACUUCUCUAACGGAUUUUCAUGGUAGCCAUGCAUUCAGCAGCUUGUCAAGGGUUGAUGUAAUCAUUGGGAAGCAGGUCUGUUGAUCACAGCGCACGUCCAGGAUUUGCUGCACUGGCGACUAUAGUCCUUGCUAUAGUGUUCGUGCCACGGAUCGAGCGAAUGCGGUGGCUGCAAUAAGGGACGAUUGAAAUAUGUCCUUUGCACAGUAGUCUAGGAGCGAUCCCACAGCAGCAUCUCCUGGGACAAUUCUGCAAGACACCUUGUACGAUCCAAUAUGGGGUCUGCAUUUGGCAAGGCCCAGCAGGGAAAGACCAUGCGAGGUGCCGCAUCAGGCAGUCCAGAGGAUGCCUGCAAGAAGGAGGCUUGCAAGAUCCAGGCCUGCCUCAGCAAAAACAAUUACAACCCCGAUGCCUGCACGAGGGAAAUCGACGCCCUGAAGCGGUGUUGCGAAGGCGUGCAGGGGAAGAGUGUGCACUGCGCAUUUGGGUCGCAGCUGCCUGCAUAGUAUGAGCGAGCCCGGGCCCCUUCAUCAACCCCUCAUCAACCCCCUGAUCAGCCCCUCAUGGAAACCUCUCUGGAGGAGGCCUCUCCUGUCCUGAGUACUGUGUUCUACGGGGAUGAAAACAAAAGGCAUCAUGUAGUGAGAGAUUUGAGGCUCAUCUAGUGCUUACUGCAUACUUGCAGAUUGGCUGCAUGUGCCUCAUUGCAAGUGAACAAACACGCGGGAAAAUGUGCAAUGGUAGGAUUUAUGCAACAUGAACCCAUGAGACUGAGAGGAGCUGCAAGGUUUGCUUCGAAAUGUCUUCUGUGACAUCCUUGAAUGGUAAUCACUCCAGGGCUGUAUACUAUAGUUUAAACCAACAUACGAGUGCCCUCCCUGGAGCAGCUCCACUUGACCAAGGUUUAGACCAAGCACCUGCCUCUGCACAU